GAAAGCAAUCGGUAUUUAAUUUCCUCUAGACUGCUAGAUUUCUCAAAUCUGGAUUCUAGAUCUAUUGUUUAGAUCUAGAUUUCUAGAUCUAGAUUAGGGCCUAUCCAUCCACAUAUGUUUUGACAUUGUUAGGAUCAAGUCUAAUUUCAGAGAGUCUUCACUAUGAUAUCUCUUUCUAGAGAAAAAAGCCAGGACUAUAAAUAUUAAAUAAGAUUUGCAAUGUAACUGCGAUGGACCAUGUUGACCUAUACUAUAACAGAAUAGUCUAGUGUAUAAGUAAUGUUUGAACAUAACGGUACAUUCAUCGGACAACAAGUAUGCUUGGACUAAGUCGACUCAACAAGACUAAUCGUCUACUGCUGGGCAUAAUUGCUCUCCUGAUUGUUGAUAUAGUUUGGGUUGUGUCAGGCGAGGUAACGAAGUAUAUUUUUAAAGACUCCCAUUACAGCAAACCAUUCUUUACCACUUAUAUCAAGACUGUUAUGUUCUCGUUGUAUCUCUUUGGAUUCAUCAUCUGGAAACCAUGGAGAGAGCAAUGCUGUUUAAAAAAGAUGCCUAUUGCAAGCGAGGAUACAACACCAAUCGCUUCACCAGCAGAACCAGACACCAUGUUGGGCUCACCCAUUUAUGUCCCACUCAAGUAUGAUAACUAUGACAGCCACACAAGUGGUGGAGAGUCUGAUGAUGCUAGCAGUGGAGGAAACUGUAAGUCUGUCAGGUUCAGUAAUCUCUCUGAAGUACGUCAGCUCUCUGAGACCUAUGCAGUGGAGCACAAUCUGGCCAGGCUGUCAUACCAAGCCAGUAUCCAGGCAGCUGAAAAGUUGAGCUUGCUACAGAACAGGCUGCCUUUAGCUCAAGUUGCCAAAUUGGCUUCUUUAUUUUGUUUUCUGUGGUUUUUUGCAAAUUACACAUACCAGAUAGCCAUACAGGAGAGUGACGUUGGUGUGGCUAACGUAAUGUCGUCAACGUCAGGUCUCUUCGUUUUAGUUUGUGCUGCUGUGUUUCCCAGUGGCGCCAUGGAUAAAUUUACAUUGUCUAAAUUUGUUGCUGUCAUCUUAAGCAUUUCAGGUGUCGUCAUGGUGUUUGAGUCUGAUGUCAGGCUGGAUGGAAGGUUCCCCAGUGGGGCUCUGUGGGCUCUCAUCAGCGCUGUCUUGUACUCACUCUAUCUGGUCAUGAUACGGAGGAAUGUGGACACGGAGGACAAGAUGGAUAUUCCAAUGUUUCUAGGUUUUGUUGGAAUUAUAUGCACCUUGGUGAUGUGGCCAGGGUUUUUAAUUUUACACUAUUCCAAACAAGAACCCUUUGAGUGGCCAAGCAGAAGGCAGUGGAUAUAUUUUUUAUUGAAUGGGGCUAUUGGCACAGUUUUUGCUGAGUUUGUUUGGUUAUUAGGCUGUUUUUUAACAUCUUCCCUGAUCGGAACUUUGUCGAUAGGAUUGGUCAUUCCACUUAACAUACUUGUUGAUGCCAUAAUUAAAGAUAUCCAUCUCAAUGUCCUGUUCUAUCUUGGGUUAAUCCCAAUCAUCUUUGCUUUUGUCGUGGUCAGUUUUUUAACACACUGGGAGAACUGGGACCCGGUCAUGCUUGGGGUGAAGAAAGCUUUGCAAUUUCUUUGUCGCAGGCGAACUAUAGUCAGAGUUCGAGAUCUUGACAGAGAACAGACAGCCAGUUUGAUAACGGAGGAAUCACAUCACUGACAUCUACCAGCACAAGUCUUGUAACAUCACAGCUUUCAAAAACUGCUGCAGCAACAUUUGGUACUGUGCAUCCGCAGGGGACAGUGGCGCAAUUUCUAUAUGCACUGGUUCUCUCUGGAUGUUACCAGCAUUUAAAGCUUCCUAUCUCUGGUGCCCUUUUAGAAGUAUUACAACUGCAAAUCUGGUUCGUAGGAUUCAAUUUAUUUGAAGAGAUAUGUAUUGGUAGCUAACAUAUUUGCUUAUUUUGAUGUUUGCGUAAAAAUAUUUUUAAAUUUUACAUUGUAUAGAGUUGGAAAGUUAGAAAAUGGUAGGUUUUUUUUUUAGUUUAAUGAUCUGUUUUGUUUCAGUAAUUUUAUCAGUAGCUUUUAAUUUAUUUUAAACGAAAUCACUUGAUAUUAAUUCCAAUGUAAAAAGAAUGUUUCUUUAUUUAAUACCGUAGGAGGAUAUUGCACAUUUAUAUUAAUUACAUCAGCAUUGAUUUAACUAGUCCAUGGAGUCAUCAUAAGAUUGUAACUAUAGCAAUCUUUUCCAAUAAGGGUAAAAAGGAAGACUAUAUAUCAGUCUCACGGUUAACUAGUUACAACUUCAGGAAAUGUAAAAUAAAGGAGUGUCAAAGAGAGUUCUUUUAAUUUGUUGAUUGUGUUGGCAAAAUUUCUUACAUUUUGUUUCUCCUUAAAAAUUUUGGCAUGAUUAUAUUUUGAAACUGCAUAACAAUCUUAACAUAUUUCUUGAUGGUUUCCCCUUUUUUCAAGACUAACAAAACAAAUCUUUUUUUUAUUUUAAAUUAACUAAAAAUAAACCACAUUUGAAUCUAUUUUAUAUAAUGUAAUAAACUGGCUGUGACCUCUACUCUUUACAAUAUGUAGACAAAAAGUUUGUUUACAAAUAUUAUUGACAUGUAUAUUUUUGUGUGAUGGUGGUUUUAGAAAUCUUUCUUUCAUUCCCUUUUUAACUUGUUUUUGUGAUAUUGUGUAAAAAUGAGAAAUUCCUGUAAAACAAUAGGAAAAUUUAAAAUUACACAUGCAAAUAGCAAUUGAUGAUAACUUUCAUAUUUCUGCCACCAACAAUAUAACUAAUUAUAACUUUUUGUUUCUGGAUCUACAAGGAUGUUAAAUGUAUGCUGAAUUGAGUUUUAUUGUUACAAUAUGCAAAUUAUGUGUAGGUAGGGUGUUACACUUUUGCUCAUUAAGUUAAUUUAUUAAUUAGGGUCUGUGGUUGUUUGCUUUUUUUAUUUCUUGGAUGUUUCUUUAAAGCUUUACUGUUAAAUCUCUGCUGGAAUUACUUUGACAAUGAUUUUGUGUGAUUUUUUUUUUCAUACUGACAGUUUUUUUCUAUUUUUUUUAAUUUUGUGUAUUUCUUAUACUACAAUAUUUUCUCUACAUUUCAUUUUUCUUUUUUUUUUAAAAAGCACUAUUUUUAAUUUUUGUUUAUAACUGAUUUUUUGAUGAUUUUUUCCUUAGCUUAGUAUUAACAGGGGAAAUGUGUUGCUUGUUUAUUGUCUUUCAUAGAUUAUUCAUAAAAUGGACACAAAUUCAAUACAUAUCUGUAUAAUACAUUCAUACACAUAAAAUGUUAAUUUUCAUGACAUAUUCCAUAGGCUUAUAAGGCUACAUUAAUUCGUUAUACAAAUGGUCUUUAAAUUUUGAUUCUGUAUUUAGUUUAAACUACAACAGCUUCCUGGCCUGUAAGCUACCAACACAAUUCUUUUACAAGAUGUGAGGGAGGGGGAGGGGGGUUGAACUGUGGGUCUCCUAAAUUACAAUCUCACCUUAGGGAACAGCUACUGGUGACAGCACAUUUGUGUCACUUUCAAUUCUUUAAGUUUCAAAAUAGUUCACAUAAUAAAAUCACAAUUGUUUGUUCUUCUUAAAACAAGUUUAUAUAUAUGUAUUAUAUAUAUAUAUAUAUGUGUGUAUAUAUAUGUGUGUAUAUAUAUAUAUAUAUAUGUUGAAGGAGGAAAUUGAACCCACACCUCCAUAACAAUCCUACCUGUUAGACAUGGUAAUGUUAAUUAAUAAUACUUACUCUCUCCAAAUAUUUCAUGAUACAAGAAUUUGGUUUUGAUUUUCAAAUGCUCCAUGUGUGAGAAUGAAACAUAAUUUUAUGUAAGCUAAAUUUUUGCUGUAAUGUAGAACUAAUGUAUUUUUAGUUUAAUCAUUAGAUUGCUUCCAAAAAAAACUAUGUAAUGUAUUAUUAUCUUUAUUGAUACUGCUUUCAAAUUAGGCUUAGCAUUUGCUUUAGUUAUUUCCUAUACAAAUUGCGUUAGCUUUUUCUAUACAAAUUGUGUUAGCUUAUACUAUACAGAUUGCGUUAGUUAAGCUUGUUUUGCACUUAAUAUGUAAUAAAGUUAAAUUUUUUAAAUUUGUAUAAAUCAUGACAAAACAUUUCAAUCAAGAACAGUAAUUCAUUUCCUGAUGUGAUAGUGUAUCCAUGAUUUUCCUCCCCUGUAACAAGUUAAAUAUAACAGUGUAGCUCAUGUCCUAUGCCCUAUGUGAUAUCAUAUUUGUUGAUCAAUUCUAAUGUCUUUAUGUUCUCCUACAGUGUACCCUUUGCCACAGUCACCCCAAGUAAAUUUCUUAUCAAACCCUAGACUGUAUUAUCCUCUAUUGUUUUCUUUGCUAGUUGUUACGUUUUAGCUAUGCCAGAUUCAGCUAUGCCAGAUAAAUAUUUAUAAAGCUAUGCCAGAUGCAUUUUUAAUUUCUAUGCCAGAGUAAUAUUUCUGAAUUUUCAAUGGGGGUGAUUUGUGUAUUUGUUUCUCAAUGUUUCCUUGUGUUAUGCAUGAAGUGAAACCCUAUUUUUAUACACUCUUUUUUUCCCCAGUGCAAUUCAAAGUUAUUAAAAAAAAAUAUU